AUGGCUUCUAGAUCGCCACCUACAGCCACGCCGCUGCCCAAAUCCUCGGUCGCGCCCGAGAGUCCCAAAGACGCGACCGCAUCACAACCAGUGUCUUUCCCUUCACCGACAACAUUUGAGAUCAUCCCACCACUCCAUGGCAUUCUCUCUCGCCUGCUCAUUCAAAAGCCGCCGUCCAAUCAACCCGGUGACGCUCCUGGCGAAGCCAAUGGAGCUCUAGGAGCUUCGGAUAACGCGCCAUCACAAAGCCAACAAGCUCCUACGAGCAUCCCCGGAGGUGGAAACAACGACACUGGAGUUUCACAGUCUGCUGCCGAUAUUCCUAUCCUCAACCCUAAGGCCUCGGAGCAUCUAGAUACCAAAGACCUUCCCACGGCAACCAGCUCGGUGAAGAUUCGGAUCCAGAAGGCGCGCGGCGUAGUCGAGGAGCUUCCAGAUGUGCAUCGAUCCGUGGAAGAACAAGAAAAUGAAAUCCAGGAGCUUGAGGACCGGGUUGCCCGUCUGCGGGCUGUGAUCUCAGACUUUGGGAGCCGCGCAGGAAAGAAUCAGGCGGACCGCGCUGAGGUGGCAGCAUGA